AGGGCGAGCAAACUGGCGCUCACACUUGAGUAAGAACUUGAUGGGGGAAAAUAGCACAACUAGGAUUGCUGAAGCCCAUGGUGCACAGAUUCAUCACCCCAAGCGCCCGCCUCUACCAGAUCUGUACCGCCAUAAUUUCUGCGCCAUGGUGGGCACCAAGAACGCUAAGUCGGAAAUCUGGAAACCGGCCUCACACAUGCCGCAGGUGUACCGAGAAAGGCGACCUCAUCGCAGUUAUACCCCGGGGUACGGCCCCCACAACCUACAAUACCACCAUAAGUGUGAAGUUCCGCCUGCAAAUGCAGUCACAGCGCCACCUAUACAGACAUCAGCGUGACACUCACCACGAACAACGGAUGGUGGCCUAUACCAUUCUCACAUUGCAGGAAGUUCUGAAUUACUCAUAGACUACGGACGCUGAGGGAUAUUCAGUAUUUAUUGCAGGACACUGAGGGAUAUACAGCAUUUGUUGCAGGACACUGAGGGAUAUACAGCAUUCGUUGCAGGACACUGAGGGAUAUACAGCAUUCGUUGCAGGACACUGAGGGAUAUACAGCAUUCGUUGCAGGACACUGAGGGAUAUACAGCAUUCGUUGCAGGACACUGAGGGAUAUACCGCAUUCAUUGCAGGACACUGAGGGAUUGUGUGUCUCUCAGGAUGGCUGCAGAGUUUGAUGAGCAGAAUUUACAUGAGCUGUACGCCUGGGUGGAUAAAAUCCCAUUGUCCAGACCUAAGAAGAACAUCACCCGGGACUUCAGUGACGGAGUGCUGACCGCCGAACUUGUCAAAUAUCAUUUCCCAAAACUUGUGGAGAUGCACAACUACGUACCAGCAAAUUCCAUGCAGCAGAAGUUCAGUAACUGGACUAUACUGAACCGGAAAGUUCUCAGCAAAAUUAACUUUUCCAUCCCGGAUGAUGUGAUCCGUAAGAUCAUCCAGUGCUCCCCGGGGGUGGUGGAACUGGUGCUCCAUACACUGAAACAGAAGAUCGAGGAGAAACAGAAGCAGAUGGCCUCAGAGUCACCCCAGGAGAUGAGUCCACGUGUGGAGCAGAAUAAUGACACGGAUGCAGGUUACGCCACAAAGAUGAAGAGUAACGGCACGGACAGCGGCCCCCGAGCGGCCCCUAAGGGAGAACACGGAAGUAAGCCCCAACAUGGGUACUCCCAGGCUGCCAAUACCGACACCAGCCUCCGCAUACAGCUGGCAGAGAAAGAGCAGGCGCUGACGGCAUCGCAAGAAGCCAACCAGGUUUUACAGGCAAAGCUAAAGCGCAUGGAGCAGCUGCUACACCUGAAGAACGUCCGGAUAGAUGAUCUGACCCGUCGCCUGCAGGAGGCCGAGAGCAAAUGAUCCCUCCGGUCGGCGACCAAGAUCCCCACAGUCACAGCUGUCAGCCAAAUGUGUCCCAGUCUUCAAUCUAUUCCCACCGAUGGCCAACUCUGUACUGCACUUCCAGCUACAAUACCACGCUAGUGACCCAGCUAUAAUACCACGCAAGUGACACAGCUACAAUACCACGCUUGUGACACAGCUACAAUACUAUGCUUGUGACCCAGCUACAAUACCACGCUAGUGACCCAGCUACAAUACCACGCUAGUGACCCAGCUACAAUACCACGCCUGUGACACAGCUACAAUACCACGCCUGUGACCCAGCUACAAUACCACGCCUGUGACACAACUACAAUACCACGCCUGUGACCCAGCUACAAUACCACGCCUGUGACCCAGCUACAAUACCACGCCUGUGACCCAGCUACAAUACCACGCCUGUGACCCAGCUACAAUACCACGCCUGUGACCCAGCUACAAUACCACGCCUGUGACACAGCUACAAUACGAUGUCUGUGACACAACUACAAUACCACACCUGUGACCCAGCUACAAUACCACGCCUGUGACCCAGCUACAAUACCAUGCCUGUGACCCAGCUACAAUACCACGCUUGUGACACAUCUACAAUACUACACUUGUGACACAGCUACAAUACCAUGCCUGUGACACAACUACAAUACCACGCCUGUGACACAGCUACAUACCACGCCUGUGACACAGCUACAAUACCACACUUGUGACCCAGCUACAAUACCACACUUGUGACACAGCUACAAUACCACGCUUGUGACACAGCUACAAUACCACGCCUGUGACACAGCUACAAUACCACGCCUGUGACACAGCUACAAUACUACACUUGUACAGCUACAAUACCACGCUUGUGACAGCUACAAUACCACGCUUGUGACACAGCUACAAUACCACGCCUGUGACACAGCUACAAUACCACGCCUGUAACACAGAUACAAUACCACGCUUGUGACACAGCUACAAUACUAUGCUUGUGACAUAGCUACAAUACCACGCCUGUGACACAGAUACAAUACCACGCCUGUGACACAGAUACAACACCACGCCUGUGACACAGCUACAAUACCACGCCUGUGACACAGCUACAACACCACGCCUGUGACACAGCUACAAUACCACGCCUGUGACACAGCUACAACACCACGCUUGUGACACAGCUACAAUACAAUGGUACGGUACCUGGAACAGCUGCAUCGCCUAUUUCAACAUUGUUAGCAUGUCAUCAGAGCCGACAGGUUCAAUGUAGGUAUGCUGCAAAUGUUGACAUUAUGAUCGUGUUGACUUACUCAUGCUGACACAAGAAAUGCCAACAUCCUAGCCAUUGACAAAAUAUACAGAAACCUGGGGUGAGGCGGAGAGUGAGGUAGGAAGAGACUGGAACACCAGCUGUGUAUUUAUAUAUUAUUUAUUCACAUUUCUUUGCAAAUUCAUUCAUUAGAUUAUUAUCAAUUACAAAUGACAUUAAAUCCUUUAAACCCUAAAAACAACAUAUUACUGAACAUAAAUGUACAAUAAAGCCUACUUAGCCUGUCA